AUGUCGAGCAACGGGUAUCUGACAAAAGAGAGUAUACUCGCACUGGGAGUUAAAGACCCAGAGUAUGCAGAAUGGCAAAAGGCCAAUCCUGAAGACGAUGAGAUGGAUUGGUCCAACAUCAAAAGUGCUCGUGCCGCUGUGGACGAAUGGAGCCGUGAGCAAUGCGCGUCAUUGCCUGACCAGGGCAUUCUCAUGAAUAUCUCCAUGCGCGAUGGCUACCAGUCCUCACUACGUAUUUUCAAACCCACUUCUUCUGAAUAUUCUUCCACCUCCCACCCAUCAUCUCCGGUUAUCGUCCUCAUUUACGGUGGAGCAUUUUGUUGUGGCGACAAUUCCAAUUUUGCUGCCCAAGCCCUCGCUCUUCGUGCUUUAUAUGGCGCAACCGUUGUACUUACAUCUCACCGGCUCGUGCCCGAACAUCCCUUCCCCGUCGGUCAACAAGACAUUUGGGAUUCGCUAGUAUGGCUUGCGGAAAAUGCGGAGAGUGUGCUGGGAGCAGACAUGAACGCUGGCUUUAUAGUAGGAGGUGUGAGCUCUGGUGGUAAUACUGCCGCAACAGUGGGACAGAUGUGGGUGGAUGAGUAUGCGAAUGAGUACAGCAGCCCACAAGGUAGCGGUCGACCAAAGCUCACGGGAAUGUGGCUGUCGGUUCCAUUCCUCUUUUCUUCCAAGGAUCACGUUCCCCAGGAAUACCAGGAUUCAUUUCUCAGCCGUGAACAGUUCAAAGGGGAUAGCACGAGCGGGGAAAUACCCGCCGCAGUCGUCAAGAUGCAACAGUGGGAUACUCGGAGUCGAUGGUAUAGCCCAAUCAACUCACCAAACCCCGAGCCUCAUAAGAGUCUAGCGAAGCAUGGGGCAAGAGUGUACUUCCAGGCCGCUGGGCGGUGCUUUGCUCGCGAUGAUUCUCUCAUCUACGAGCGUAUGCUGGCCCAAAAUGGAGUGGAAACCAAGUUAGACAUAUACCCAGGGUGCCCCCAUGCUCAUUUCGCGGGGAUAGAGAUAAGUGAAUCCCGCCGGUGCAAUCUGGAGACGUUCAAGGGAUUUGCAUGGCUACUCAGGAAAGACGUACCCUCACAGGAGCACAUCGAAUCAACGGUUCGCAGUGUUGCCCCUUCUAUCAUUAUUUGA